AUGAUUGGGGCCACUGGCAUGAUUGCCACACCGAAAUCAACAACCUGGGAUAGCAAAGAUGACCUUGAGGAGUUGAGGUCCACAGAUCCGGGGCUGGCCAUUGCUGCCAGCGUCCCGGUCCACAGAUUAGGCGCUCCCGAGGAAGUGUCAAACGUUGUCGUAAUGUUUGUCAAGACUGGAUAUCUUACUGGCCAAGAGCUGGUCCUCGCCGGCGGGUUGAAAUGA